AUGCCUUACAGAUCGAAAUGGCCGAAUCGGAAAUCUAAAAGAAAAAAUUCGGUGGAAUCUUAUUUGAACGUUGAUGAGGAUUGUAUCAGUGUAUAUAAUGGACCAGAAUACCAGGUUCUGACCAACGAGACCAGCAGCGAGAGCAGCAAUUACACCGAAUCUAUGACUGACGAGUCCAACAAAUCCUCACCAUCCGGUUCUGAAAAAAAGAAGAACAAAUUUUUCCAGUCAAUCGCCAAGGUUUUCAAAAAGAAAAACAAGCCACCAGUGAAGCCGGAGAUUGAAGCAAAUGUGAAACUUAAUCAAUCAAGUGAAGACAAAUCAAUUUCGGUCAAAGAAAAAGCAUCAGGCGAGCUCAAGAUGAUGGACGAUUUUGAAAAUGCUGCGCUUAUCAACCAGCCGUUCCAACUAAUCGACGCAAACUGUUCACAUUCUGGAAUUUUUUCAGACCCUUUCAACAACGAUCACCAGAUUGGACAGUCGAGUGUCUCAUCGACCAACAUCCGGUUCCAAGAUCAAUGGGAACAAAUAGUGAAUUCAAAAAGUAUUCAACUAGAUAAAGAUGUGAUUUUUAGGAGCAAAGUUCUUCUAAACAAGAGAAUUGACGGGUAUCUUCCUUCACGCCAAUCUCAGUUCCCAACAACCGAACACUCUUGUCUUGUCUUCUUCCUUGUCUUUUGA